AUGUUAAAGGUACCAAAUUUAGAAAAUAAACAUCGUACAAAGAUAGCUAAGGCCAUUAUAACAUAUAUACAUGACAAUGAUCCAGAAAGAAAACUAUCACGAGAAGAGUUCAUACAAUUGGCACAAUACAUAGUGGAGAUUUUCCCUACAGAAGUGUCAGAAACAUAUUAUGUUCCUUUCAGAAAUCGCCAUUUACCCAAAGGCAAACUAUACGACGCCUAUAACAAUAAUAGGACACGAUUAAGGGCUGCAGGUGUUAUAAGUAAACGAGAAAAACUAGAUACAGAGGAGAAGGUGGUGGAAAAUUCUUCAGUCGACGAUAACGAAGCAUUUCAAGAUUUUCAAGAAAGCGAUUUGGAUAUUUUACAAUCUCCUCGGAUUGAAUCAUGGGAUGAGGUAGUCAUGGCAUGGAAAAAGUCCCAUCAAUACAGACAAAAUGAGUUACAAAAUGAACAAAUCAAUGCCCUGGAGUAUGUGGACAAAUAUGCUGUAUUGCAGAAUGAAAAAUGUGAUGAACUGUUUGAAAUUGAUUUCAAGUUGAUGUAUCCUAAGGCGAAAAGUAUUAACGAAUGGAGAAAUUAUUAUUACAAGGUAAUGGAUAAAACCAAACACAUGCGUGACAACUGGAUUAGGGAUAUAUUCAAAAAUAUCGAAGAUGCAGAGAAUUGUAAUGAAGAGGAUAGCAAGUUAGCCUUUGCUCUGAUGUUAGUACCAUAUAUCAUACCAAAUCCAAGAUAUCGUCGCAAACAGGAGAUACAAGAAUGUUUUAUAACAUACAGCCAGUCAGAUCCCUUUGCCGAAGAUGAUCAAUGUGAACAACAGCAGCAGCACACUGUAAAACGUUUGAAAAUCGAAAAUGAACCUAAAAUCUAUUUUGUGGGCAAUAACUGUAAACCAAUUAGUCAUGCCUACAUUGAUAUGCCAGGAUUAAGAAUGAAAUUCGAUAAACCCCUAAAAGCGGUCGAAGUGUGUUUCAAAUGUUUCAUGGCCAUGAAAAUACGAUAUCCAAAAAGCUGUUUCUAUGUCUGGGUACUCAUACAGCAGCUGAUUUUUGGAGUUAAAACAAAACAUGACUCUAUAUUACCCAAUGUAACAACUCUAAUUAAUGAUUUAAGUAAUGAAUAGCAGUACUAGUAUUAGUUGAAUUUUAUGGCUCGAUUAUGGAUGGCAACCCAACUUCAGUUGCACGUUGCACAACGACCAAAUUUGUUACAGAAAUUUUCAUUUUUGUAUUGAAUUACGUACUUUUUUAUAAAAUUCUCAGUAGCUAAAAAUAGUGAUUUUAAAUGAAAGUGACUAAAAUUGCCAACUUUAUACAAAUUUUUACCUCGUGCUUUUGUCUCCUGGCAAUGCAACUGUAGUCGGAUUGCAAUCCAUAUUCGACCCAUUAAUCUUAUUUUAAAUAGGUUUAAAUUUUUUUAAGCUUUAAGAAGAGCUGCUAUCAGGGCAAACAUCAAUUACAUGUGAUUUUCUUAUACAUCAUCUAGAAAAAUACUUGAGAAGUUCUAUAUUCUUUUUUCACUAGUAAAACCUAUGUCAAUAAUUUUAAUUAGCCACAUUGGCU